AUGCUGACUUGUCGGCUCCCUGCGAGACCCCGAGCAUCUUCGCACGUCCUGGUGUGCAAGGCAGAGGAAUCUGCGCCUAACAAACUCAGGAAACUUCUAAAGCAGCCAGGGAUCCUUGUCAUGCCCUGCUGCUUCGACGGGUUGUCUGCGAAGUUGGUGCAGAGGGCAGGAUUUGAUCUCACAUUCAUGAGCGGGUUCGCCACCUCAGCAGCGAAACUUGGGCUUCCUGACACCGGGUACAUGAGCUACGGGGAGAUGGUGGACGCUGGAAGAGAUAUCUGCUCUGCGGUUUCAAUCCCGGUAAUAGGUGACGGGGACACGGGAUAUGGCAACGCCAUGAACGUGAAGCGAACUGUGCGGGGCUACGCUCAAGCUGGGUUCGCGAGUGUGAUGAUAGAGGAUCAAGUAGCGCCCAAACGCUGCGGUCACACCAGGGGGAAACAAGUUGUUUCCAGAGAAGAAGCCAUUCAGAGAGUGCAGGCAGCGGUGGAUGCAAGAGAUGAAGGCGCCGACAUUCUCAUCCUGGCCCGCACAGACGCGCGGGGGUGCAUCAGCAUGGACGAAGCUCUCGAGCGCGUUCGGCUCUACGAGAAGGUCGGGGCAGACAUCGUGUUUCUCGAGGCCCCGCAGUCGAUUGAGGAGAUGAAGAUGCAUUGUGAGGCUGCUCCCAACACACCCAAGUUGGCUAACAUGCUGGAGGGAGGGAAGACUCCCGUCCUGCCACCCAAGGAACUAGAGAAGAUGGGAUACAAGAUAGCUGCCUACCCACUCACUCUCGUCAGCACGGCCGUCAAGGCCAUGAACAAAGCACUGGAAUCACUUAAAGAAGGUCGUCCUGUCGAUGAUAUCCUCGAUUUUGCAGAGCUUAGAGAUAUUGUUGGCUUUAAUGAUUAUUAUGCGGAAGAGGAACGAUACAAGCUUUAG